AUGUCGGCUUCUUCUCCCUAUGGUACACGAUCCUCGACUUGGUCACCCGAUACAACGGCCAAGUCCGAGUCGCUGUCACCCAAACUAUGCGCCGUCGCCGAGGAGGACGAUCAGGACUUGGUCUACGAGUGCGUGAAAUCUCUUUUCUUUUCUUUUGGCUCUGGUGAUGCCAGGAAGUUGCCCGCGACGCAGCUAGGGCUCGACACGACACGGAGCUUCGUUGAGUGGUCCCCGACCGUGACCUUUACGACCGAUGAGGCGAUUGGAGGGGUUCUAAUCGAAGAUUAG